AUGUUCCCUAUCGUUCUUGUUUUAACUUUACUGUUGGGACAAGCUUUUGCACGCGACUGGGGUCUCCUGCAGCUGCCGUUUGGUCUGAAAAAGUCGCCCGAGGUAGAAUUUAUCUCGCUAAUCGACCAGACGGUAACAAGGAACUCAGACUCUGUUCAUUACUCGUCGCUCGCCAAAGAGGACUGGCCCAUCGACUUUGACCAGUAUCGAGGCCAGUACGUGUUGAGGGUCAAUGUGGCAGCGAAAGAGGACCUGAACACUCUGUAUACGGCAGCUCAUGAACUAAAUGUGUCUGUGUGGGAGUUUUCUGUGUCGAAGCGUUUCAUUGACUUGCAAGUUUCAAAAGAGUCUGGAGUAGAGUUUCUGCAGCACGUGACAGGCCAAUGGCCUGAUAUGGACCUCCAAUUGGACCUUGUUGUGCGCGACUUGCCGCAGGCAGUGUUUGAAACAUACUCUUCUCCAGACGAAGACGACGAUUUCAGUGUUCAGCAGGACCUCUUCUUCAAACGGUACAGGGACCUCAAGACCAUCUACCAGUGGUUCGACCUACUUGUGGCAACCUAUCCAGACCUGUUGGAGGUUGAGUGGAUCGGCCAGACCUAUGAGGGAAGAGAUAUCAAGGCGGUCAGACUGACGGCACACAAAAGCGAGCCGUCGCCAGAAAAACCCCUAAAGACCCUAGUCAUCACCAGCGGCAUCCAUGCGCGCGAAUGGAUCAGUGUGUCUACCUCGUGCUAUAUACUGUAUAGACUGCUGCAGGACUAUGAGAAAGGCAAGAAAAAGGCACGGCUGUACCUGGACAGCAUGGAUUUCCUGUUCUUGCCGGUGAUGAACCCUGAUGGAUACGAACAUACGUGGACCACUGACCGUUUGUGGAGGAAAAACAAGCAACAAACAUAUAAUCCAAGAUGUUUUGGAAUAGACAUUGACCAUUCGUUCAAUUUCCACUUUACAAAAAGUGAGGAUUCUCCUUGCAGCGAAAAUUACCCUGGAGAGGGAGCCUUUGAGAGUUUGGAAAGCAGCGUGUGGGAUAACUAUCUGAACGAAACAAAACACGACCAUCCAAUUUACGGAUACAUCGAUUUGCACUCGUAUGCAGAGGAAAUCCUUUAUCCCUACGCAUACACCUGCUCCGAAAAGCCUCGAGAUGAAGAAAACCUGAUUGAACUGGCGUAUGGCCUCAGCCAGUCGAUCAGACUCACUUCGGGCAAAUCAUACGCCGUGCUGUCUGCGUGCGAGGAUAAAGGCUCGGAUCUGCUGCCCGCCAUGGGCGCUGGUUCUGCUCUGGACUACAUGUACCAUAACAAAGCCUACUGGGCGUUUGUUUUGAAGCUGCGAGACACUGGAAGCCAUGGAUUUUUGCUGCCGCCAAAAUUCAUCGUUCCCGUUGGCAAAGAGAUCUACUCAUCGAUCAAGUAUUUUUCCAGCUUUGUUACUGACAAAUAG